AAGUUGGAGCUUAUAAAACGUACAUGAUCACGUACUCCCGUCAUCACCGCACUGCCCUUCCAUUUACUAAUCUCAAUAUACCGAGACAGAAUUGUUCUCGGAAUCACAAAGUGCAUUACCCAAGGAUGUCAGUGACGACACUCAAAUGAUACCUUGGACUAUCGAUACCAAAUACUAUACAGCCGAGGUUGAUCUUUGGCUGGACCAUAUCGAGUCCGACGCAGAAGCAGCAGUCAAGGCGUUCGUCGAGGAUGAGAACGGUGUCUGUGAAGUUGUCGAUGGUCUUGUAUUAGUUUUUCGAAAGGACGAGCCCAAAAGCUUAGAAGACCUCAAAUUGUGGUCUGCGUUUGUUGAAAAGUGCGACCCAAAUGUAAAGAUCGUGAUUGGAACGGAAGGAGAUUUGCCAGAGACAGACAAAGACGCGAUAGAAGACUGGUGCUUGGAAAAUAUGUUCGUCUAUAUAGAUGCCGAAGAGAAGGCACAAAAAGUGGACGACGACGAAUUUGAAGACAGAGUAGGCAUUCCAUUGCUCCUGGAAACGUUACAAUCAAAUAUGUGGGAUGGACUUGUUACAAAGUCGUCAGCUCAGGCUCCACUUGACACCAACGAAGCUAGACUACAAAUGUUAGACUUGAUUGACGAAGAAGACGGUGAAAUGACGGAUUUACCCUCUAGCAGUGAAAUAAAAAAAAUGCAGCAAGAGCUAUUUGGAGCAUUUGAUGAUCCGAACGACGGCCUUGACCACGUUUUCACGAAAAUCCAAGAGCUUCGAGACCAAGGAGCCAAUCUUCCAGAUAGCGAACGUCGUAAACUUGCUGCGAAAGUAGCACUUUCUUUUGCCUCUUAUUAUAAUGAAACUGCAGAAUAAAAAUAAAUAGUAGUGCUUAUGCGUGAUUCUGACACUUCACAACUGAAA